UGUAAUUCAAGAUAACUACAGUGUGGGCAGCCUUAGAAAGGAAUGGAGCGGAGGGCAGCAUAGAAGAGCUGCAGGGCUUGUCUAAUACGUAUUCUAAUCUGCACAAUAAUAGCCUGCUUGUAGCCAAGCUCUUUGGGAUUUGUGUUUUUGUGCGAUCUUCAGGCAUGUGGAGCAGAUGCAGUUAAAUCCUUUCUAAACACCUCCUGCAUUUCCCCUGACUCCUGGGAGAGCUGAAGGCAAGGAGCCAUGAGAGAAUACAAAGUAGUUGUGCUUGGAUCAGGCGGGGUGGGGAAAUCCGCACUGACUGUCCAAUUUGUCACUGGAUCCUUCAUAGAGAAAUAUGAUCCAACUAUCGAAGAUUUCUACAGAAAGGAGAUCGAGGUGGACUCUUCACCGUCAGUGCUGGAAAUUCUGGACACAGCAGGCACAGAACAGUUUGCUUCCAUGCGAGACUUGUAUAUAAAAAACGGACAGGGCUUUAUUCUGGUUUACAGUUUGGUGAAUCAGCAGAGCUUCCAGGAUAUCAAGCCUAUGAGGGAUCAGAUCAUCAGAGUGAAAAGGUAUGAAAAAGUGCCAAUGAUCCUGGUUGGAAAUAAAGUGGAUUUGGAAGGCGAAAGGGAAGUGUCCUAUGGAGAAGGAAAAGCCCUGGCUGAUGAAUGGAACUGCCCCUUCAUGGAAACUUCAGCCAAAAAUAAAGCAUCAGUGGAUGAACUGUUUGCCGAGAUUGUCAGACAGAUGAACUAUGCUUCCCAGCCAAAUGGAGAUGAUCAGUGCUGCUCCUCCUGUGUCAUUCUCUGAAAGCGACUCCCUGUUUACAAUGCACUAUUGGACUUGUAACAUGACUGGAAACAACUUUUGCAUACAGUGUGUCUGUCCCAAAGGGUGUGUUGUCCUGAGAUGUCCUCUGUAGAAAGUUGCUUUUCAGUAUGUGUUUUUAAUGAAUGUUGCAUAUUUCCUGUGCACUGCAGAGAAAAUAAAUCAAACGUUUAUUUUUUAAGUAUUCAGUUUAAGAAAGAAGGAAAUAUUGGAGGUUUGUCAGCAACAACAUAUCCUGACUGUUGUGCACAUUUGGAAGAAUAAAUGAGGCAGCACAUAAGCAACAAAUCUGAGCUUGGUUUUAAAAGGCACAUUUUAAAGGGCAGAAUUGUGGUGGUUCAUCUGCUGACAUUGAAUUUAGGUAUUUCUAUGCAAAAGUUGGAUUAUUGUUACAAAGUAUCCAUUCAUGAGUAUUUGCACAUCUAAUGAAACAAAGUAAAUGAUGCCAACACAACGUGGGUGCCAGAUCUGGCCCCUCUCUGAUGUGUGUAUGGGGAAAUCUAUUUUGUUUACCUGCUGUAUGACAUGGGAAUUUGGGAAGAUAGGUAGUAUUUUUUCUUAUCAGCUGUGAAAAAUGUUACAGAUGUAUUUUUUUUGUGCUGGCAAUAACUGAUUUUGGAUGCUUAGCUAUUUAAUAGAAUUGACUUAAAUGUGGGCCAGGGCCCCAGCACCCUGUAUCCAUAGAGUGCCUUCAAAAUUCAGCUGUUCCAGCCGGUGCCAACCUGUGAAAAAAAAAAAAAAAAAAAUCUCCACAAAAUCCCAUUAUCUUCUAUUCUGCUAACUACUUAACAGUUUCCUCUCGGUAAUCUCUCAGAACAAGCAUGGACAAAGAGAUCUAUUGUCCCUGGAACCUAUUUCUGAGCCUGUAAAUGUAAUUUCCAUGUCUUGCACAUAUUUUAGAGGGAUUUGAUUAACCAUUUGUGUGCCUGUAAUUGAAAAGGGUUAAUCACAUUUCAAGGCAUCCAAUUUAUUCAUCUUACUUUCAAUUUACAGGGUCAGCAGUGGUUUAACAUUGCUUAUUAGCCAGAAAUCUUAAAAUUGUGAUGUACCAAGACUAUUUUAACAAGUGUCAUUUUAUUUUCCAGACUUGCUGAAAAAAGCAUGUCUCUUCUGUUUUAAAAAUAAGUUGAAUACAAAAUUUGUUGUGACAUAA